AUGAACGGUGAUGUUAUGAACAGUACAAAACAAUUUCCACCAAAAAUUCAUCAUGUGUCACACACAGGACGUCUAGAAUUGUCACAGGGGGCAACUGUCAGAUUAGAAUGUCGCGCCUCAGGGAAUCCAGUACCAACAAUCAUCUGGUCACGUAAGAACAAUGUGCUACCAAGUGGUGAACGAUCAGUAACAGGAUUAACACUUCUAUUACAACAUGUCGAUCGCCAUUCAGCUGGUCAAUAUCAGUGUAGCGCUGAUAAUGGUGUUAACACACCUGACACUCGAUACAUCAAUCUUGUUGUAAAAUACGCUCCCGAAGUGGAAACUGAACGAUCUUCAGUACAUACUGGUAUUGGUUUAGAAGCACAACUUGUAUGUAUUGUACAUGCUGAACCAUCGCCUCAGGUGAUUUGGUACAAAGAUUCAACGCAAAUUGGAACAACAGAAAAGCAUGCAUCACAGUAUCGUGGGAAUAGACACACGCUGUUUAUCAGAAAUGUAUCAGCGGGAGAUUUUGGCAAUUAUACGUGUCAGGCAAGCAAUAGCCAAGGAAAAGCACGUGGGCAUAUAACAUUAACGGGCACAGCAGCAAUGGCCGUAUUUGAAAUGUCAGCACUUGGUGAAUCAACAAAUUCAUUUAAUCUUACUUGGAGUGUCGCCAGCUAUUCACCAAUUACUGAAUUUCGGUUAUUCUUUCGACCACAGCCACCAUUGGAUAAUUUACAUCAUAAACCAAUUUAUCAACCUGACAUUCAAAUGAAUAGCAUACCUAAAAUAGAAAAUGGAACUUCAAUUUAUCAUGGCAGUUACAUGGGAGGCAGUAUUAUUUCCAGUAUGCGAAAACAAGAUUGGAGUAGUGUUAUUUUACCAGGACCAUCUGUAUAUACUGGUUCAGUAUCUUAUCCGUCCUUGACACGCCAAUAUAUGUCAUAUGUGAUCAGAGGACUACAGCCAGCAACUCAUUAUGAAACGCGGGUACAAGCAAAAAAUGCACAUGGUUGGAAUAAAAUGUCAAGUAUUUUCCAUUUUACAACUAGAGCAGAAGAUAUUGAACCAGUAGUGGAACAAUCAAUACAAACUAAUUACGGUAUGCCAUCAAACAUAAAUCCAGACUUAGCAGCUUACAACAGCGCCACCAUCUUAAAUCACAAAUUAGUUCAUAAUGAAACUCAAACAACCUAA